UCAAACUCCUGACCUCAGAUCAUCUGCCCACCUCAGCCUCCCAAAGUGUUGGGAUUACAGGCAUGAGCCACUGCGAUAGCCUAAAUUAUUGAUUUAUAUCCCAACUGUUUGCCAAAAGGAUUAGGUGACAUAUUAUACAUGCACAAUAAGACACUGGAAACAUAAAUAGAAAGCUGUAUACCACAUCACAGGAGAGAAGCAUAUGUGCUUAACAACUGGGCUUCCAGUGUGCCUGUACUUGACUGGCAAUAGUGACGCUGAACUUCCUGGCAGCCUAGGCAAAAAGGAGGGCUCAAUGGAUUCCGCAGUUCACGUGUCUUGCAACCAGUUAGUCAUAAAACCAGAGCUUCUGCUUGGGGAGGGGAGCAGUGGGGUGAUUGCUCCCAGAUGUGGACAGCUCAGCAAGGGCUCCAGAAUGUGUGUAUGAGUGGGUGUGUGUGUUGUGGGGAGGGACAGAGGGAGCAGUGUGCUGUUACCACGGUUUAAGUACUGGCUGGAUAGCUCCUUAGCAGGAGAAAGGCUUUCGGACAAUAGCUCACAUUAGGGGCAACUCUUCUAGUUGGCAUCUCAGUGUUGGUCAUCUAAAUUCAUGUCUUGGUACUCUACUGCUAUAGGAUUUAAUGCAAAGAGAGAAGAGAGGCCUGGUUCCAGAACAUUCCAGGUAUCUUGCCUCUUUGUCUGGUGAAGAUGAACACAGUGAGUCACCUGGGCUUGGGUCUUCUGGAUAUGCCUGAGAAUAUGAAGAAUGCAGCAUUGCUGUGCAUGGAGGAUGAGACCCUGUAGAAGAUGUGUCAAUUGAAGAUUGCUGUAGGCUAGUCCCAGCAGGGCAGUGACUUUUGAGAUGGUUGAUGAUGUGUUAAGCUUUGUUUUCAGGGAACGUGCUUGUCAUUGGAGGUAUCUGUGACUCACCAUUGUGAUCAAAAUUAGUUGUGAAUUCUGGUCCUGCCACUGUCACUGUUGAUUUGCUUAACCUUGUCUGAGCACGUCUCUCUGGGCUUUAUUUCCUCAUCUAUCUCUGAGGUCCUUUCCAACUGGAAUUUGCAAAGAUUCAUUGAGGGGAGCAAGGAAGGAGGAGCCUCAGUCUGUAGGAGCUUUCCUUUCUUAAAGAAAAAGGUCAACCCCUGGUUCUUAUAGAUGCUCAGAACAUGUUCUUGGGGGAAAACGCUUAAAGGUUUGCUUUGGGCCCUGCUGGGCCUGGGGAGGUCUCUGGAGAAGAGCUUGGGGCAGAAUCAGAAGCAGCAGAAGCUAUGGGUGGCUGCAUGGAGGAUGAUGCACCCCACAAGGUGCUGCUUCAACCUUUUGACCAGGCCAGUGGGAGGGGGGCACAUCCUAGAGCCAAGAGGGUUCCCUGUAAAUUUCUAGAUGUGGUUUCACUGCAACUUUGCUUUUCUCUUACUCCAGAGAAGUGAGACCCUGGAGCUGAGGGAGCAUCAUGGCAGUUUUUCUGGAGGCCAAGGAUGCCCAUUCGGUCCUGAAACGAUUCCCUCGUGCCAAUGAGUUCCUGGAGGAGCUGCGCCAGGGCACCAUCGAGCGAGAGUGCAUGGAGGAGAUCUGCAGCUACGAGGAGGUCAAGGAAGUGUUUGAGAACAAAGAGAAAACGAUGGAGUUCUGGAAGGGAUACCCAAAUGCAGUAUACUCAGUCCGAGACCCCUCACAGAGCUCAGAUGCCAUGUACGUGGUGGUACCCCUUCUGGGGGUGGCAUUGCUGAUUGUCAUCGCCUUGUUCAUCAUCUGGAGGUGCCAGCUACAGAAAGCAACUCGUCACCACCCCUCCUAUGCUCAGAACCGGUACCUAGCCAGUCGCGCCGGGCACACCCUCCCCCGGGUCAUGGUGUACCGGGGUACCAUGCAUAGUCAAGGGGAGCCUUCUGGGCACCGAGAGGCAGUGAGCAGCCCCCAAGUGGUGGUGGGGCCCAGUCGGGGGGGCAGGACCACAGUCCGACUCGAGAGCACUCUCUACCUCCCUGAGCUCUCUCUCUCCAGACUGUCCAGCACCACCCCUCCCCCCUCCUAUGAGGAGGUGACUGCGCCCCAAGAGAGCAGCAGUGAGGAGGCCAGCAUGUCUUACAGCGACCCACCCCCAAAGUACGAGGAGAUAGUGGCCGCGAACCCUGGCGCUGACAAAUAGUGGGACGUUUAUGCCCUGUCCCGGAUGAACGCCUCUUUCUGAGGUCUCAUAUUUUCUUUUGAACUUUUUAAAGACUGUGCCACCACAAAACAGCCUUAGCCUCCUCGUUGCCAAAUAAUUCCCUAACUGCGGAGUUUUAGGAAGUCAGCUGUCACAGACAAGUGGGGAGGGUGGGGGUAGGGACCACACAUAAGUCAAAGCUCCCGGAAGAGCCAAAGGCCAAAGUGCCCAACUCUUUGGGAUGACCCCCAAGCCUCCAACAUCCUGUCUUUCCAUCAGGAACUGGCUUCUCUUAUGCCAAAGGAAUCACCCCAUUGAGUUGAUUGUAACCAGAAUGUCCAAAGGCCCAGCCCGGGGGCUGUGGGGCUGGCUGGAGGCCUGUCUGUGUCUGGAGCCCUGGGCCAUAGGGGUAAGGGAGGGAAGCCAGCCUUUCAGCACCCCUUUCCCUCCACAGUUCUGUGCUUUCUGUCCUUGCUUAUAUUUGGAGGACAGGGACAAGGAUUGAGCAAAAACAAAGUGAAAAAAAUCAUGACAAAUAAAUAAUGAACACAAUAGAA